UCACACUGCUGCUAGGAAUAAAAAAAAAAAUAAUAAAAAAAACAACAUGGGCGAUGUGGACAAAUGGAUAGAGAUUGUUAAGGAGUGCAAGUACCUGCCUGAAAAUGAAUUGCGAAAGCUCUGUGAUAUGGUCUGCGACAUCCUCCUGGAGGAGACGAACAUACUGCCAGUGAGCACGCCCGUCACCGUCUGUGGCGACAUACACGGCCAGUUCUACGACUUGGAGCAGCUGUUCCGGGAGGGCGGCCAGGUGCCGGACACAAACUACAUAUUCAUGGGUGAUUUCGUGGAUCGGGGCUACUACAGCCUGGAGACAUUCACCCGCCUGCUGACGCUAAAGGCGCGCCACCCCAGCCGGAUCACACUGUUGCGCGGCAACCACGAGACGCGGCAAAUCACCAAGGUGUAUGGAUUCUUUGACGAGUGCUUUGGCAAGUACGGCAACACGAAUGGCUGGAAGUACUGCUGCAAGGUCUUUGAUCUGCUCACCAUAGCGGCGAUCAUUGACGAGGAGGUAUUGUGCGUGCAUGGCGGCCUGAGUCCCGAGAUUAUAACACUGGAUCAAAUACGAACCAUCGAGAGAAACGGUGAGAUACCGUACAAGGGAGCCUUCUGUGAUCUGGUCUGGUCCGACCCGGAGGACAUGGAGUACUGGGGACAGAGUCCGCGCGGCGCCGGCUGGCUCUUUGGCCACAAUGUGACCAAAGACUUUAUGGCCAUCAAUAAUCUCGAUCUGAUCUGUCGUGCCCAUCAGCUGGUCAACGAGGGCAUCAAGUACAUGUUCGAUGGCAAGCUGGUGACCGUCUGGUCGGCGCCCAACUAUUGCUACCGCUGCGGCAAUGUGGCGGCCAUUCUCAGCUUCGAAACGGCUCAGCAGCGUUCAACGAAGAUCUUCCUGGCCGUGCCCGACGAUGAGCGUGUCAUACCCAAGCAGAAUACGACGCCCUAUUUCCUCUAAACUCCAUCCCGCACAGCUGUGGUAUUUGCUUCAACUCAGGAUUGCGUCUGUGGCUCCCCCUCCCCAAAAGGUGCAGGUGAAGGAGGAGGUGGAGGUGGAGCCAGUCUAACUAGAAAAACCAAUAACCCCUGCCACCCCGAAAACGCCAUUCGCCAGCCGCCGCCUUUACACCUGUAGUUUGCUCUUCCCUUUUUUUCUUUUUUUAUACUAUAUAUGGCAACAAACAUAUCUAAAUUUAAGAAGAGUAACGGAACACGGCGUCCGUUUCAUCGGUUGGGAGAAGCAUGGGGUGGGAGCAAACGCCUUUAUCUAUAUAGAGAUACAUAUAUUAUACAUAGAUAUUCAUUCAAAUGUGGAUUCCAAUCUUAUUUAUUUCUGUGAGCAAACCAAAUUGCAAUUACAAAUUUUUGUACAUUUUUGUAACGAUAUUUACGCAACAACAACAACAAAAACAACCUUUGUUUCCCCCCCUACAAACAACAACAAGAACUUUUUAUGUGAGAAACAAAGUUUCCGCCGAAAAAAACAAAACGAACACCGUGCGA